AUGACGGCAGGAGACUUUCUACGAGUAUCCUGGAGGCCAAAGUCCAGUGCUUAUGUAGUAGGAUGGAUAUUACAUAUCCUCAUCAACGACACCGCCUCCCUCAGCAGCCGCAGUAGUAGCAGUAGUCGAGAUUCCACCUCUUCCGUCACCUCCUCAGAAUCCCACCCCCUCACCCAUGAAAACAUCGAGUUCAGAGCCGCACACGAUUUCGCACGGAGCGAGAGUGGGGAUUCGAGGCAGAGCGGGGACGAGUACGAGGUCGAUAGGUUUGUAGUGGAAGAUGGGUAUUUGAGUUCAGGGGAGGGGGAGAAUGUAGGGAGUGAGGUGGGGGAAACUGAGGACGAGGAGGCAGACGAGAAGAUUCUUGGCAGUGGAUUACGUGCAAAGUCUACUGCUUCUUCUACUUCCGUGCGUACGGUGUCUGUGGGCUCUAUUUCCUCCAUGUCUAGUUUCACCUCCUCUACUCUCUUCAUACCAGACAAUCUACGUCCUUGUACCACCCUCCCUUCUUCUCCCCUGCAAAUAACACAUCCAAGCUCUACCGCUUCCUCGGUAACUCACAAAAGCCCAACGCCAACUCCCUGCAUGGCAAGCCCGUCCGAAAUCGCAGAAGACAUAACAGACGCCACUGUCUUCUUCUCUCGCCGGUGCAACAAGGCGCGGCCGUCGCUGCGCCUUUGGCUCACAGCCGAGGUGAUGCGGGAUCCGGGGGUUGUAGAGGCGCUGGAAGUGGCGCGAGAGAGGGAGUUGGGCGGUAUCAGGGUAAGGGAUGGAGGCUGGGAUAUUUGGAUUGGGCAUGCGAGUGGUGAGAAAUAG